AUGAGCGGAGCUGGAGGAAAUGGCGGGGGAGCUUAUAGUUUCUCCUUGACAACAUUUUCGCCGAGUGGGAAGCUCGUGCAGAUUGAACACGCAUUAGCUGCCGUAAACUCUGGGACAACAAGUCUUGGCAUCAAAGCGACCAACGGGAUCGUAAUAGCAACUGAGAAGAAAUCCUCCUCCCUCCUCAUUGACGAUGCUAUGAUUGAGAAAGUAUCUAUUAUCUGCCCCAACAUCGGUCUCGUCUAUUCUGGCAUGGGUCCCGACUUCCGUGUGCUCGUAGCGAAAGCCAGAAAGAGCGCACAAGCAUACUGGAAAAUUUAUGGGGAAUAUCCCCCAACGAGGGUAUUAACGCAGGAGAUUGCUACCAUUAUGCAGGAGGCAACGCAGAGUGGCGGUGUGCGGCCAUUUGGUGUUUCGUUACUGGUUGCGGGAUGGGAUGCUGAUUGGGGCCCCUCAUUAUACCAAGUCGAUCCUUCCGGAUCAUUCUGGGCUUGGAAGGCUAGUGCUAUAGGGAAAAACAUGGUCAACGCCAAGACUUUCCUUGAGAAACGAUAUAAUGACGACAUUUCACUCGUCGAUGCUAUUCAUACGGCCCUCUUAACAUUGAAAGAAGGUUUCGAAGGGCAGAUGACCGAGAAGACGAUUGAGAUUGGUGUUGUGAGCAUUCCUUCGGCGGAGGACCUUAUCGUGCCCGCGGGUGGAAGACCAAAACCUACAUUCAGAUUACUGACGGAGGAGGAAAUCAAGGAUUACCUCGUAUUGUAAUGAUUUGGGUGUCAUUCACCAUACUCGUGGCCACGUCCACCGUCCGUUGAGG